GGUUGGUAAGAAAUAUCGACUAUUUAGUUUUUUUUUCUUUUAAAGGGAAAGAAAAAGUUAUUGCAUGAGAUUAUUACAUUAAAACAAACUAAACGUGAGUUAAUAAUUAACGUUAUUUCCACCGGCUUUUUCAUUUAAUUUCGCGCUUUAAAUAAUCUUAACCUCAAUCGGUAUCGUGGACAUAACCUCACUUUAAACCGUAAUGAACAAGGUAGAAUACCCUGAAGAUAGCGAUACAAGCGACGAAGAUUUUGAUCCUGGAAAAACAGCAAAUGAAGCCGUUUCGGAGGUCGAUUCAGAUGGAGAUAGCGAAGAUCCACUCUCGGAUAAAGAAGAUCCAGGUACAAGGGGUAUAAAAAGAAAGAAAAGACCCACAAAAUCAAGAAAAAAACCCAAAGAUGGAGGUAAUUCGGAUUUGAGUGAAUCACCUGAAAAGAAACUAUUAACCGAGGAGGAACAAAAAAAGAAAGUAGAUGAUUUAUGGGCUAUGUUUAAGAAAGAUACAAGUUUUAAGCCUAAAGAGGCGCCACAAAAACCCGAUAUCGAGGAAACUAAAGAAAAUACGAAACAAAACAUUUCCAUUCCUAAAGAAGAAGCUAAAAAAGAAACUGUUAAAGUCACUCAAAUAUUUGAAUUCGCCGGGGAGGAAGUGAUAGUGGAGAAGGAGCUUCCUGCGAAAGAAGCUAAACUCAUUAAUAAACCUUCGAGUUCGUUGGGUACUUCUAAGAGAGGUGGAGCAAGAUCUGGUGGGUUAACUUCAUUGAUAAGUCAGUUAGGAAAGAAGCAAAAAAUUACUACUUUGGAAAAAUCGAAACUCGAUUGGGACAAAUUUAAAAAGGAGGAGAAUCUUGAAGAUGAGUUGCACACUUUUAACAAAGGCAAAGAUGGCUAUUUAGAAAAACAAGACUUUUUACAACGAACGGAUGUGCGAAGAUUUGAAAUUGAACGGGAUAUUCGAAACAUUGAAAGAAAUAAACGUAUGAAUAUGAAUAAUAUCGACUAAAAAUUG